GCUUAUCUAUCUUAUUUUUUAUCUUUUUCUUCUCCGCAAGCAAACGCUCACAUAAUUUUUUCUUUAUAUUUUUUAGCACGUUUCAUUUAUCCGUCCCUCACUUUUAUUUUUUCUUCCAUUUUAUCCUAGAAUCAAUGUCGCAGCACCCAGCAUACACCAUGGCAGGCAUCUGCGCAGUGGGCGGAGCCAUCGGAUACGCUAAGGGUCGGUCGAUCCCGUCUUUGGUCGCCGGAGCCAGCAUCGGUGCGGUGUACUGGUACGCGGGAACAAGGAUCCAGAAGAAUCAGGAUUACGGACACGAGUUGGCUCUGGCAGCAUCUACCUUGCUGCUGUUUGCCAUGGGACCUAAGGCGCUGAGAACCAGGGCACCUGUGCCCCUGAGCAUGUCGGUUCUCGGAACGGGAUCGGCGGCUUACUACUCCAAGAAGGUCUAUGAGGAGCGUUACGGCGUGUAGAAAAAAUGAUCCAAAGCGUAGGAGGGAGGUGAAGAUGAAGAGAAAUAAACAAAAUAUUGGAUAGGAAAAUACUGAAAUUGUUUUUAAGAUUUUUUAUUGAUUUUAUUCUAUUUUUUAUUUUUAUUAUUUUUUGUUGCAGUUUUAUUUUUAUUUUUUCUCUUUCUUUCUCUUUGCUUUAAUUUUACA